AUGACCAAAUCACCUGAGCAAGAUUAUCACGAUGUAUACAACGGACUGCUUUCGUCGGUGGAUGCUUUGAUCACAAAAAAUGUUCUCAAAGAUUUGGAUGGACUCACCAAAGAGCAGAUAGAUGAGAAAUACGACGCGUUGGAGAAGGACUACAGAGUGGAUUUCAACAAAUUGCUGGUACAUCAUUCGCUUUCAAGCCCCGAAAGUUCACAGACUGAGACUGUGAACAUGUUUUUAGAGAGAAUGGUUCAUAUACGAAAGACGGUUCUGGAAAACCAACUAAUAACGUACCCUCUAUUGAGGUCAAUACACCAGGCUGAUGGUAUUAGUUCAACGGAGAGAGAUCUAGUGGAUCUAGUGAACCAGCGGGAUCAGUUAGCUCAGGAUGUGUUGAUGCUGGAGAAGGAGAUUGACUCGGUUGGUUCCGAUGCAAAUGCAGUGAGGAAGUUGAACAAAGACACUAUUGAAUCUGAGAAAGUGAAGCUGGCCGAUCUGCUUGAUCUCUUGGGAAAAAACAUGGAUUCCAACAUGAAGCUGAAAAAUUCACAAAUGAGUUCUGAAUUGGCCGAUAUUGAGGAGCAGAUAACAGCUUCAAGUGAGAAAGUCAGGGUCUUAGCUGGAGUAACCCUUGGAGUGAUAACCUCUAGUGGGCUGAAUUGGGGCAAGGAUGCUCAUUCGCAAAAGAUAGUUCUUGAUUGUGGAUCAUACGAAGAUGAGGUGGAGAUAUAG